GCAAAAGAAAAAUAAAUAAAAGUUAUUUAUUUAGUUUAUUCGAAUAAAUUAGAUGUGUUUUAAAUGCAGCGCAUACUGUAACACUAAUGUUUAACAACAUUCAGGUGACAGCAAGAAAAACAGCGUCAGCAUUCGCGUACGAACGAGAACAAUAACAACAAACCCAAAUUACGGUUGUAGGAGAUAUUCGUAAGCGGAGUCGCGUUUGCCAUGUCAGCUCCACUCACAUCAAAUGUGCCGUAUUUGAAGCAGCAACUUGCCGCGCUGCUGCACAACACGUCGCCAGUGAUUACGCUUAUCUGCUUGGUGACGACUGUUGGGUAUCUGCUCUCCUUCUCCGAGACAGCGGUGCUACUGCUUAGUGUGACACCAGGAUAUAUAUUGCCUAAUGGCAAGUUUUGGAUAUGGACAGCAUUUACGUUCUGCUUCAUCGAACUGCACUGGUGGGAGGUGAUUGUCGAUGUGAUUACUGUGGGACUUUGUGGAAAGAUGCUAGAACCGCUUUGGGGUCAAUUUGAAAUGUUCAAGUUCUUUGCCCUUAGCAAUUUUGGUGUCUCGCUACUCACAACAAUUUACUAUCUGUUCUACUAUAUGAUUACCAAAAAUCCCACCAUACUAUUCGAUGUGCAUAUACAUGGCUUAGCAGGCUAUGUGGCGGGUAUAUGUGUAGCGGUGCGACAGAUUAUGCCAGAUCAUUUAAUCUUUAAGACGCGCUAUGGACGUUUGACCAAUCGUAACGUGCCAUUGACGGUGCUCAUCUUGGCUAUUAUAUGCUGGGCUAUUGGCAUGCUGGACGGCACUUAUCCGGCCAUGUUUGCCUCCGGUGCAUUGGUAUCUUGGAUAUACUUGCGUUUCUAUCAGCAUCAUCCUAAUGGACGUGGCGAUAGCUCCGAGAGCUUCACAUUUGUUAGCUUCUUUCCUAGUGUAUCUCAACCUUUUAUCAGCAUGCUUGUAAAUCCUAUAUACAAGUGCUGUUUGCGUGCGGGCGUAGUAAAGACGCCCACACCGCUGCGAAGCGUAUCUGCUGCUAGUUUGACUUCCGUAUCUGUGCAAAUGCCCGGCGUGGAUCCGCACGAUAUUGAACGCAGGCGGCAAAUUGCGUUAAAGGCUUUGAGCGAAAGGCUAAAGGCCACUGACUCGACGCGACACACACAGCUGCCAAAGUCGUUUCCAAAUCAGCAACAGAAGGCAGCAGCAAUCAUCCCAGCACAGCAUCAUCACCAGCAGCAGCAGCAGCACAAGCAUCAUAGUCAUGGGGCUGGACAUAGUCAUAAUCAUAGCGCUGGGCACAGUCAUAGCCAGAGUCAUGGUCCGACAGCGGCGCAGGCACCACAGCCAGAUUUCCUUAAGCCCAGCAGUAGUAGCACGGGACAGCCGAUAACGACGGCUCGUGCUGAGCCCAGAAUGAUCAGCACGAUGAGCUCAAUACCAAUACCAAUGCCAGCGCCGCCACCCAAAAAUGAUCAGCAGCCGGCAACGGGAUCUGCAGUAGAUGCCAAGCUGAUCAAUUUGGAUGAAUCGUCAGCCUAGACAGUUUUAUAUUUUAACAUAAAUGAAUUUUUUUCGGAUAUUUAAAAACGUUCGUCUGCUAAUUGAUUAUUAUUAUUUGUGUAUAGCUGCAGCAAGUGCGCUCUUAAUUAUAUUUAAAAGUGUUUUUGCGUGUGUAACUAAAAAAAUAUACAUACGUGUAGUUUUUAAAUUGCCUGCAUAGAAUUGCAAUUUAACGUUAAACAAAAAGAACCUUCCAAGCCAACUAGCGUAUAUUUUUGCACACAAAAAAAUUUGAAAAA